AUGUCAUUGUCUGAGAUAGACGAAGUUGAGGUACAUUCGGUCGGGUCACCGCACCUCUCGCUCAGCCGUCAUAGCAGUGAUGGAAAUGUCUCCUCUUCUCAUAGCGUUUUUCCAGCUUCGACGCCGACAGAUGAAAUAUCCCAUGGAGAUUGGAGGUAUAUACCAGUAAAGGAAGUGAUGGAGAAACGAGAAGUCGUGACUGUCGACGCUCAGGACCGCGCCGAGGUGGCCUUUAAUUUGCUUGUCUCGUCUAAUAUUUCCUCGAUACCCAUUUACGAGGACAAAACCUCAAACCUCGUCGGCAUAUUGGAUUACGGCGACGUGCUGCAAUUCAUGCUAUCGGAACUAGAAGCUGUCACAAAGCCUGAAAAGAACAUAACUGUCUCUGAACUAUUACGACGGAGUAGACAAUCUGCUGCCCAUCUCUCCCUAUCCCCUUCGUCGUCCUCAAUAUCAUCAGCCGACCCACGGACCAGCAUAGUCAGCGUAGAAUCGCUAGACCAACGACGAGAAAAACCAUUAUACACCUUCUCGCCUGAUGCACCACUAAAAGACGUACUCGAGUUGUUUGGAAGAGGAGUGCAUAGAGCUGUAGUACAGGGCGGUGACAGAGUCGGGAUUGUGUCUCAGUCAACCGUCAUUCGAUGGAUAUUCUCCCAUAGUAAAUUUUAUCCUGAAUUGACCAAACUGAUUACAAGUACCGUCAAAGAGCUGGGUCUCGGAACACAAAAUGUCCUCACUGUAGGGUCAGAAGUUCCUGUAAUUGAUGCUCUCAAGAUGAUGGUCAAAUUGUCUGUAUCGUCAUUGGGUAUAGUCGACAAGACCGGUGUUUUACUAUCUAAUUUGUCAUUGGCUGAUGUCAAAUGGGCUAUUCAAUCUCCAUCACCUCAAUUCUUGUAUGACUCUGUAAUGCACUUUAGAGGUCAAGUGGACCAGCAGUCAGGAAUACAGGACGGUAGAGACAGUGCUCCCGUUUUCGAUAUCACAGAAUCAACCACACUUGGUUAUGCGAUGAGUAAAGUAAUUGCCACUAAAACGCAUAGAGUAUGGGUAACCGAAAGUCACAGACCUAAAACCGUCAUAUCACUAACCGACAUGAUCAAACUGGUCGCAUCUCUGGAGUCCGCAACCGAUUAA